AAUUAAAUUAAAAUAUCAGGAGUAGGAUCUGGAAUUACUAAAUUUAACUUUCCUUCUCCUUUUCUCUCACUUUCUCUCUCCCUAGAAAAUUUUCUAAGUUUAAUCGGCCAAGCCAAAACCACUGCUAAAAGUGAAACCAAGUAAUGGCCACCUGUUUUUUUGGAUGCUUGCAUUAAUAUAUACAUUUCAAUACCAUCAAUCAGAAGCCAAAACGCAAACUUGCAGUGCCUUCUCUUGUUCCUCAUCAUCUUCUUCUUCUUCUGUAUUUUUAUUUUAUUUUUGCUUUUUGUGGUCUUUUGUUUCCAUUUGGUCAACAGUUGCUCCUAUAAUUAUGGGUGUCCCCGCAUUCGUAUAUUCAAGCUCUUGCGUUUCUCUUUCAGUGCAUGGAUUCCAUUUUCUCUCCUAAUUCCUCGUCAAUCUCCUGGUUCACUUCUCCUUAUCUUCAUACUUCUAAAUCGGGGAUUUCCACUUCCCGGAAUCUCUCUUCUUCCAUCAGUUUUAGUGCUUCCUCUUCUGCUUCAGCUUCCGCUUUCUCCACCAUCGGAUUCUCCAGAGCCGCUAUGUCUAACCCCAAGAUCGUCAACGGUGAUUAUGGUUACGUUCUUGAAGAUGUUCCUCACUUGACAGAUUACCUUCCUGAUCUUCCUACUUAUUCCAAUCCGCUACAAGACAAUCCUGCAUACUCGGUUGUUAAGCAGUACUUUGUCCAUGUGGAUGACACUGUUCCUCAAAAGGUUGUUGUUCACAAGGAUAGUCCAAGAGGGAUACAUUUCCGACGUGCUGGACCACGCCAAAAGGUUUAUUUUGACUCAGAUGAAGUUCAUGCUUGCAUUGUAACAUGUGGGGGUCUCUGCCCUGGACUCAACACAGUAAUUAGGGAAAUAGUAUGUGGCUUGUACCAUAUGUAUGGCGUGAAGAGAGUGCUGGGAAUAGAUGGAGGAUACAGGGGUUUUUAUGCACGAAAUACAAUUUCCCUGACACCUAAAGUUGUAAAUGAUAUUCAUAAACGUGGUGGGACCAUCCUUGGGACAUCACGAGGUGGCCACGAUACUUCAAAGAUAGUUGAUAGCAUUCAGGAUCGAGGAAUUAAUCAGGUUUACAUAAUUGGAGGGGAUGGAACUCAGAAAGGAGCAUCAGUGAUAUUUGAGGAAAUUAGAAGAAGAGGGCUCAAAGUUGCAGUUGCUGGAAUUCCUAAAACCAUUGAUAAUGACAUUCCGGUCAUUGACAAGUCCUUUGGCUUUGACACUGCUGUUGAGGAAGCUCAACGUGCUAUUAAUGCAGCACAUGUCGAAUCUGAGAGUAUGGAGAAUGGUAUUGGUCUUGUGAAGUUAAUGGGUCGCUAUAGUGGAUUUAUUGCCAUGCACGCUACUCUUGCAAGCCGAGAUGUGGAUUGUUGCUUGAUUCCAGAGUCACCCUUUUAUCUAGAAGGGGAAGGUGGGCUUUUCGAAUACAUAGAGAAACGACUCAAAGAAGAUGGUCACAUGGUUAUUGUGAUAGCUGAAGGUGCUGGACAGGAGUUGCUUUCUGAGACCAUGCAAUCAAACCAGCAGGACGCUUCAGGAAACAAGCUUCUCCGAGAUAUUGGGUUGUGGAUAUCACACAGGAUCAAGGAACAUUUUUCAAAGCAGAAGAAGAUGACCAUAAACCUCAAAUAUAUAGAUCCUACAUAUAUGAUUCGUGCUAUUCCAAGCAAUGCAUCUGACAAUGUGUACUGCACACUUCUUGCUCAAAGUGCUGUUCAUGGAGCAAUGGCAGGAUACACUGGCUUUACAAGUGGUCUUGUCAAUGGAAGACAAACUUACAUACCCUUCUAUCGAAUCACUGAGAAGCAGAACAAGGUAGUUAUAACAGAUAGGAUGUGGGCUAGGCUUCUUUCUUCAACAAAUCAGCCUAGUUUUUGGAGUGCUAAAGAUGUCAUUGAAGACAAGAAAGAGGACAUUGCCAAAGUCAAGAAAGGGGAAGAACCAAAAAACCAGUUGACGGAUGAUGGGAAUUGUGCAGAUGACCUUGUGGCAGAGAAAGAGGUCAGCUGCAAGUGAUUGAGAUUGAAACCAUAGUACUCUAUAAAAUUGUUACUAUUAUUGCAUAGCCUACAGUGAUCUGCUACCACUGUUUUCCUACCACGUAUCUUGUUAUGUUAGAUUAGUGAUGAUAUUCAGAGAGUGAGUUCCACCCAUAGUUUUAUUUCAGUGGACUAGGAAGUGGUAUUUCUUUGCUGAAGAACAAGCUCAUGUGCUGAACUGUUUUGUAUGUUGAAACUGUUAAAUUAUAUCAAAAUUGUUUUUUGAAACUUUA